AAGUGGAAUUGCAGGGAGAGGCGGCUCCAGGGGGUGACAGAGACACAAGCAAAGGCAGGAAAUUGCUACCUGGAGGAAAAGGCUGCCAGGACCAGGGGAGCGUAGCUGAACUGUGGCUGGGACUAGAGGGAUCCCGCACGGGCAGGGCUGAGCCCAACAGUCAGGAGAGCAUUUGCACCGUAUUUAAGUUUGUGAUCAUGUAAGGAGUGUGUUACGGGGUCUCACUGGGUGAAGCAGCCACUUGUUGUUGUUGGUAGAAUAGCGGCACUAAAAGCUGCUGUCAGGUUCCGGUCACCCACUGAACCAAAAAAACCUGAGUUAUUCACCCAGAUCUAUGCCAGUUUCCCUGGCCUGCGUUACAUAGGAGAUCAGACUAGGAUCUACGAACAUCUGCCAGUUUCUCCCCACAGCCUUGAACAAACCUCCAUCAGCUGAAGUCAGCGGCCAGUUGUUGCAAAACACACUCCAGCCCCUCUCUGCUUUCACAUCCUCAGCCAAACCUGCCAUGAUCUCCUGGCUGGAACGUGAGGAGGAGCUAAGCAGCCUGAUUCUCCAGGACUCCAAGGAAAGGGAAGGCCCGAGAGAAGGUGCCAGGACAGGGAAUGAGAACAAGGAGGAGAAUCCCCAGCAGGAAGGGUCCGUGGGAACAGAGCUGCACAGGACAUCUGCCACACAGCGGGGAGGAGGUAGCGAGACCCCGGGCGGGGCAGGACCGCAGCAGGCAGAGCCCCUAAAGGAGAACGAAGCCAGAAUGGGGGAGAAACUCUACCAGUGCACCCAGUGCCACAAACGCUUCAGCCACAGCUCCAACCUGCUCUGUCACUGGCGCUCCCACAUGGGUGAAAAGCUGUUUCACUGCACUGUGUGUGGGAAGGUCUUCACGCAGCAUGGGAACCUCCAUGGAGCACAGCUGGAUCCACGCCGGGGAGCGCCCCUUCUGGUGCCCCCAGUGCGGGAAGACCUUCGCCCUGAGCACUUCCCUGAGCUAGCACUGCCACAGCCACACCGGGAAGCGGCCCUACACGUGCCUAGAGUGCGGGAAGGGCUUUGGGGUGAGCUUUGCGCUCAUGGUCCAUCAAUGCAUCCAUACUGGGGAGCGGCCCUACUGGUGCGGGGAGUGUGGGCGCGGCUUCUGCCACAGCUUCAACCUGGUACGGCACCUGCACACCCAUACCGGGGAGCGGCCCUUCAGCUGUGCCCAGUGCGGAAAGCGCUUUGGGGAGAGCUCCACCCUGAUCCAGCACCGGUGCACCCACACCGGGGAGCACCUAUACCAGUGCUCUGACUGUGAGCAGGGCUUCAGCUAGGCCUCCCACCUGGCUCAGCACUGGCGCACCCACCGCGGGGAGCUGCCCUACGCUUGUGCCAAGUGCGGGCGGUGCUUCGGGGAGAGCUCCAACUUCAUCAAGCACUAGCAGGGGCAUUCAGGGGAGUGGCCCUACAAGCGCCCCUAGUGCAGGAAAGGGUUCGGCCGCCAUUCCAACCUGAUCCACCAUCAGCACACCCACGUGGACACCAAGCCCUUCAAAUGCCCUGACUGUGGGAAGGGCUUCACCCAGAGCAGCCGCUGCACCCAGCACUGCCGGGUCCAUGCCGGCCAGAAGCCCUGCCAGUACCCCCAGUGGGGGAAGGGCUUCAGCCAGAGCUCCCAAUACACCUACCACCAGUGCAGCCACACUGGAGAGCGGCCCUUCCACUGUGCCAGCUGCGGGAAGGGCUUUAGCCUCAGCUCCUACCUGAUCUGGCACCAGAAGAUCCACAGUGAGGGGACCCCUGCUAGCCAAUGACAUGGGGUGGGAGAGGGUGUGGGAAGUUUGGGUGGAAAUCAGCUCAGAGAGACCCUGCCAUGGACCCACCUGGGGGGAAAGGGGCUCAGUCGUGAUUCAGCACCAGGGAAUCCCCAUCCAAGAAAGCCCCUGCCAUUGACCCACAGGCUGUGUGGGAAAGAAGCUGACAUGGUAACUCAGCCUCUGCCAUCAAGUGAGAUCCCAGUGUGCUGCGGUGGCUGGCCAGGAUCCUGGGAAUGUUGAAUAGGAACCAGGAGACUAUUCCCAGAGACUGGAUCCAGUUCUGGUGC